AUGAAUCCAGGAAAUGAAGUAGACCCUGAAGACACUGCAAGGCUCAAGAAUAUCGCACUGGCUUGCAAGAAGGAUCUAUAUGAACUCUCGGGGGGUGAUAAAGCUCAAGAAGAUGCGAGUAACGCUAAAAGGGGAAACUGGGCCUAUAGCCAAUACGACGAGCUCAGCGAGUGGUGCAUAAUCGCUGGGGUUAACGGCAAGGGUCUCGACGCCAUCGAUGUGCGACUGAAGCAUGCUCCGGGGAUUUUUGAGAUUCACGAGCAACUUCUUCAAUCGCUGGAGGAUGAUCUGAAAGAACUACAACCACCCUUCAGAGCACCCGAGCAUGCGGUCAACAUUGAUGGUAGUGUAGACGGUGCUCAGCCAGAUCCGGCUUUGCUAUCUUUCAAGUCUUUCUCCUCGGUUGGGUCUGAGGUAGCAGGUGUCAUCGGCGAUCCUGCAUCAUCAGCAUCCGAAAAACGUAAUGCGCAAUUGAGACAACGCAUCGAAGACACAAUACGCCGACUAAUGGGUUACGCACUAGUAUUCAUCUAUGUCCUAAAACCCCCUAUACCUCCAUCUGAUAUUGAGACCUUCAUUCUUGAAAAUGCCAAGGGAUCGUUCACCUUGGCCUACCUCCUUGUGAGCUGGGGAUUGGAACUUCAACGAGAAGGCCACACACAAGAUGCUAUCAUAAAACAAAUGAAAGGCAUCGAUGAAAUUCUCGUGCGAUACCGCUAUCUCAUCGACAGAGAGUCACUUUCAUCGCGUUCAAGGACUAUAGAGGAGGCAAUUAUCCAUUUACGUGACGAUCCUGAUGCCGAAAGGUUUUUCGCAACGCCCUGCGGCCAGAACUGGCUAUCAUGGGCUAGAGCAAGGGCGCACAAACCAGCCGUCGAGCGGUUGCUUCAUCAAGGCGCCAACCAGUCGCCGGUGUUUCUGUCGCUCCCGAAGAAAAACACCGACAUCAAGUUUCGCGAACUGACCCUAGCAGACCGAGAGCUGGAGCUGCUAUGGCCUAAGUACAAGUCACCAGGUGAAAAGAUGGAUCGCUAUGGGAGUGUUAGUCCCUGGGCGCGAAAUCGCGUUAAGGUGCAGGUUCCCGAAAACACAUCCGACUACAUCAACGCUUCUCCUAUUACUCUCACGUCGUCUAGCCCAAAUCAACUCCCUCUGCACUAUAUUGCUAUGCAAGGACCUACCGAACCGUCAUUCAACCACGUCUGGCGCAUGGUUGCUGAGCAAACCACCGCAUCAUCACAUGCAGUUAUCGUUCAACUCACAGACAUGUUUGAGAAUGGUACACUUAAAUGCGACCAGUAUUUUCCUAUGACUAAAGAAGACGCCCCUUGGAGCAUUAACGACGACAAUAUAUGGGGCGACAACUGGAAAGCACAACUUACCCUUGACUCGCUAGAUGUCAUUGCAGACGGUGCGAUCGAAAAGCGCUUGCUGGUGCUGCGUACAUGCAAAGAAGGAGAAGAAGGAGAAACACGCCUUAUUUGGCACUUUCUUUACAAGCGCUGGCCCGACUUUGGUGUUCCAACGGGAGACGACCUAGAGAGCUUUCUUCAAUUGAUAAAGUUGUCAAGGGAGAAUAGCUCGUCAGACGGUCAGCGCAUUGUUCACUGCAGCGCUGGCAUUGGUAGAACGGGUUCUUUUAUUGCUCUUGAUCACCUCAUGAGAGAGCUCGACUUCGGAGUUCUCGAAAGAUACGAUGUGCCUUCAGAGGGCCCUGAUCUAGUCUUUAAGACAGUCGAUAAACUUCGCCAGCAGCGUUCGGGCAUGGUCCAAACUGAAGAGCAGUAUCGAUUCAUCUACAAGGUUAUGUGGAAGCUUUGGCACAAUAAGUACGGUGUUGUAGAUGAGGAAGCUGACAACCACGAAUUAGCAACAAGUGGGUUCAAAGAUUCCAAGAGUUGA